AUGUCGUCCCAGUUAAGACUCAAUACUUCGGUAGAUCAGGAUCAACUUCAAUUCCUUCUGGCACAGCAAGAACAAAUUCAAGCGCAAAUCGCAUCCCUCACAUCCGGCUCGGCGUCGACAUCAUCGUUUCCCCAUCACAGAUCCCCGAUUUACAAACAGCAAACACAACGAAGACACAAUGUUCCCCGAAGUAUGUCAAGCAGUGGAGCUCCCAUGGCCCGACACUCAUCUUCUGAUCGGAUGGAAGCGACCGGAAUAUCGCGGACAAUAUCCCAACAAUCUGAGCCCGUCAUGAUGCGAGCAAGCUCAAUGAAUAGUGCAUCUACACGCUCCGGAAGAUUACCAUUUACCCAGAACGGCGCGAUGCCCCCUCCCCUCCAUAAUGAUCUCCGCCGAGGAAAUCCCGCCCUCGAAGCUUGGGUUAAUCAAGAUCAGCCCUACAGCUCUUACACUUUCUCGCAUCAAACCUCGGCUUCCCCCCUCCAGCGCUCUAUGUCUCAACGGAAACCGGAACUAGAACAAGUUCUCGAGGUUCCCCAAGGUUUUGAAAACCCCGGCGACUUCCUCUUCCGUACCGGAUUUACUGGUGUCUCACCUACCCCAGUUUUCUCGAUCACGCCUUCUCCGGUAUCGAUGCAUUCUUCAACACCUAUGCAACUUCAACAAUCGCGACAGUCAUUCAACAUUCCUAGCACGCCUACAACUACGACUCUUACUGAUGCAACUACGUACACAAGUAACAUGAGUCGACAAAAUAGUCUCUUUAAUGAGCCUCUGGUGGAAAGUAUUGAAAUGAUGAAGUUCAAUUCGAACAAUUCCUUUUCUACAGGUAUCAAUGAUGAUUCUGUUUAUCCCGUUGCUCCUCAGUAUAGUUCUUCUCAUCAUAGUCGUCGGUCUUCCGACGAGGAACAGACUCAACUACUUGUUGGGGCUGGUGGUGUUGGCAAUGAUUCUCAGUUUUCUCUUUCUUUUCCUAGUACGGAAGCCUUUGCUCAGUCUCAAAUUUCUGCACCUUUUGCUCAACAGAUGGAAAAAUCACAAUCGAUUGAAAGUGUUUCAUCGAGCAUGUCAUCAUCAUCUCGUAAUAAGCAGCGGCUACAAGUUAGUAACAUUGCCGCUGCGCGACCACUCAUGCCUAAGGGUGGUUGUGAAGAGAAUUCGAUAUCACGAGUCAACUCAUCACAAUCAAUGACUCGACAAGAUUCGAAAGAUGUGACAAAUGAUAAGGUUGCUAUCGAAAAGCGUGCUUAUCAACGACCAAAACACGAACGUGUAUUUUGCAAGUUAUGUGACGAACACCCUGAUGGGUUUCGUGGCGAACAUGAGCUUCGAAGACAUUGCGAUCGACAACAUAAGAGAAUGGUGAAGAAGUGGGUUUGCAUUGAACCGCUGAGCAGUCAAGGACGCGAAAAACCUGUGUUGCCACUCUCAAAAUGCAAGGCGUGCGCGACACAGAAAAAGAAGUAUGGAGCAUAUUAUAAUGCAGCUGCACACCUUAGAAGAGCGCAUUUCAAACCCAAAUCUAAGGGUAGAAACAAGAACAGUAAGGUUGAGGAGUCUCAAAAGCGUGGUGGAAAAGCUGGAGGAGAUUGGCCUCCAAUGUCGGAAUUGAAAAAUUGGUUCAAAGAGGUGGAAGAGCCAGCAGCAGAUUACACUCAGCAAGACGAUGAGAACGAUGAUGAAGACAUGAACGAGAGUAUGCUUAACGAUCUAUCGCCAAAUCAUGACGCACCAACUGAUUUCGAUAAUCCCAUCAACAAAGUUCCGAUUCACUCAGUAUACCCCUCGAUCAACACACAAAACUUUGCCAGCAACAUCAACUUCGACAAUUCGAUGCAACAGAACAUUGAUUUAUCAAUGAACUUUGCAGGUCAAACAAACUUUGACUUUUCUUCUUUUCCUAUGAAUGACCCAUCAGUGGCAUUCUUUGAUCCUGUUUCUUCUCUUCCUCAAGUUUUUGAUGAUCAAUCACUUGUUGGUGUCAAUACUGUAAAUUUUUCUUAUGAUCCUUCUUUGUCUUUCAAUUAG